UACAAGUAUAAGGAAGGCUAUCGCAAGCAGCUUGGCCACCACAUCGGAGCCCGUAACAUAGAGGACGAUCCAAAGAUGAUGUGGUCGAUGCACGUGGCCAAGAUCCAGAGUGACAGGGAGUACAAGAAAGCCUUUGAGAAGUCAAAGACACACUUCAGUAGCCCCGUGGACAUGCUGGGAAUCGUGUUGGCCAAGAAAUGUCAGGAGCUGGUCAGUGAUGUUGAUUACCGCCACUAUCUGCAUCAGUGGACGUGCCUGCCAGACCAGAACGAUGUCAUCCAUGCGAAGCAGGCCUACGAUCUGCAGAGUGACAACUGCUACAAGUCUGACCUUGAAUGGUUGCGAGGCAUUGGUUGGGUCCCAAUUGGUUCCCUGGAAGUUGAAAAAGCCAAGAAGGCAGGACAGAUCUUGAGUGAUAAAAUAUACCGCCAGCAUCCGGACACAAUCAAGUUUACCAGCGUCACAGAUUCUAUACCGAUGGUCUUAGCCAAGCAGAAUGCAGACAUAAUGAAUAAGCGUUUAUAUACUGAGGCCUGGGAUAAAGACAAGACACAAAUCCACGUGAUGCCUGACACGCCUGAAAUCACCCUGGCAAAACAGAACAUGCAAAACUACAGCGCGAAACUCUACAGACAGGCCAUGGAAGAAGACAAAAAGAAAGGCUAUGACUUGAGAAGUGAUGCUAUCCCCAUCCAGGCGGCCAAAGCCUCCCGGCAAAUUGCCAGCGAUUACAAGUAUAAGGAAGGCUAUCGCAAGCAGCUCGGCCACCACAUCGGGGCCCGUAACAUAGAGGACGAUCCAAAGAUGAUGUGGUCGAUGCACGUGGCCAAGAUCCAGAGUGACAGGGAGUACAAGAAAGCCUUUGAGAAGUCAAAGACACACUUCAGUAGCCCCGUGGACAUGCUGGGAAUUGUGUUGGCCAAGAAAUGUCAGGAGCUGGUCAGUGACGUUGAUUACCGCCACUAUCUGCAUCAGUGGACGUGCCUGCCAGACCAGAACGAUGUCAUCCAUGCGAAGCAGGCCUACGAUCUGCAGAGUGACAACUGCUACAAGUCUGACCUUGAAUGGUUGCGAGGCAUUGGUUGGGUCCCAAUUGGUUCCCUGGAAGUUGAAAAAGCCAAGAAGGCAGGACAGAUCUUGAGUGAUAAAAUAUACCGCCAGCAUCCAGACACAAUCAAGUUUACCAGCGUCACAGAUUCUAUACCGAUGGUCUUAGCCAAGCAGAAUGCAGACAUAAUGAAUAAGCGUUUGUAUACUGAGGCCUGGGAUAAAGACAAGACACAAAUCCACGUGAUGCCUGACACGCCUGAAAUCACCCUGGCGAAACAGAACAUGCAAAACUACAGCGCG